CAGAAGUUCUGAUGAAGAAAACAUGGUGGAUUUGUGUAUGUGGAGUGGUCAUUGCAGCUUUACUCCCUGUUAGCUGGCAGAUGAUCUUGAAGGAUUCAACAGAUGAAUCUAGGUGGCAGCAGUCUUACAAAAUGAAAAGCGCCCACAGCUUUACUUCCGACAUCAAACGCCAUUCCGAAGGGACCUUCACCAGCGAUUUUACCGAACAUUUGGACAACAUGAAGGCCAGAGACUUUGUGCACUGGCUCAUCAACGCCAAACGUUACAGCUCUACAAAGCGGUUCAUUAAAGAAAAACCCAUCUUCUUAGGCUAUCCACCUGGAUCUUUCUGGUUGAGGUACAAUUAA